UCGACAAUAAACGCAUGGAGGCUGCCAGAAAACGAAAACUGCAGGAGGAAGACGCUCCAGCUGAAUCCUCUGUUUUGUCCCCGAAGAAGCUCCGGGUAAGAUCAAGAUCAAGAUCGUCUUCUGGAAGAGCUUCAAGUUCGGGAGUAUUGCCUGUUCAGUGCAUCAUUUGCAGUAAAGUUGAGCUGUACAUUGAUCACCGUGGAAUACGAGUCAAGGAUAAGCUGGCACAAGCAGAAACUUCCGAUGGAGGAAUGCUUCGUGAGGCAGCAGAGCUUAAAAAAGAUGAGGACAUCUUGAUCCAUAUCCGAGACAAAGAUUGUGUGGCUCUUGAGGUGAGAUACCACGCAUCAUGCUACAAGAACUACGUACGGUUCCUGACAAGGAAGAGCAAGGAUCCUGAAGGGAGUGAACAUCAGGAAGAAUAUCGUCAAGCCUAUGAGAAGUUCUGCGACUCUGUUGUGCAGCAGCGAUUAUUUGACAACCAGGAAAUCCUCAGGAUGUCGAAGCUUGCACAGCUGUUCGUCAAUAUGAUAAAGAAGAAUGAAGGAAUUGACCUUGAAUCUUACCGAACUGACAAGUUGAAGUAUCGUCUCAGAAGAGAUUUUCCUGAGCUCUGCUUCCACAAACCUUUCCGAAGAAACAAGUGCGAGAUUGUGUACAGUGCUACCUUGUCAGCUGGGAGUGUAGUCGAGUCUUUGGACACUUCAGAGUCGUCAUCAUCAACCGAAACUUCCGACUUGGAAGGCAAGGCCAAUGCUCCAUCCUCUUCAUAUGCUGUUACUGGGCAGGAUUCGAUGAGAGCUUUGUACAAUGCAGGUAUGAUUGUCCGGAAUGCAAUCAAAGAUUCCCCUGGCAUGACGUGUCCUUGGCCACCAACAUCAGACGACCUGACCCUGGAGUCUGCGAGGGCAAUGGUUCCAUUGGAACUUUUCAAUUUAAUGGCCUGGUGCGUUGGGGCAAGUGAAGAGCCAAGCCUGACAACUUACGCAGAUGUGAGGUUUGAAGAUCAUGUCAAAAUCCUGUCCAUAUCACAAGACAUAAUUUAUCUAGCUUCAAAUGGGAGAAAGCAGACACCGAAAUCGCUAUGCUUGGGCUUGACUGUGCGUCAUCUCACCGGCUCAUCACAACUUCUGAGGCUGCUCAACAAGUUUGGUCACUGUUCAUCAUGGGACACAAUCAUUGGUUUGGAGACGGGUCUUGCCCAGCUGCAACUGGCAGCAUCACAUGCAGUUCCCAAAGGUUUUGCAGAAAAGACACCGACAAUACUUGUGUGGGACAACAUUGACUUCGGCGAGGAGACUGUUUCAGGUCAUGGUACCACACACCACACCAAUGGAAUCAUGAUCCAGAGCUGUAUUGCAGAACCGACAUCUCAGUAUGAUAGGCUUGAAAUCAAGAAAGGUAUCCGGUCAUUAACACCAAGCAUCACAGCUUUGGAGUCCUUCACUAGUGUGGGUAGACAAGGCCCGAAAUGUGUUGGUGAUAGUGCGAUGGUAGAUCGUUCUCUGUAUGAGCCUGUACUGACGCCUGCCCUACAGAAGGACUUUGCGUUUCUGCUGUCGAAGUAUUUGGAUGAUAAAGCUGAAGUACCUGGUUGGACAGGUUUUAACAUCAACCUCCAAGGGGAAAUGACACUACACAGGUCGGCCAUCCACUACUUACCAGUAAUAGAAGCAUCGCCAACAGAGAUGACAACAGUAAACACCAUCAUAGAAAGGAGCGUUUCCAUAGCAGACAGACUACAGCUGCAGCAUAUUGUUUUGGUCUUUGACCAAGCAAUUUAUGCUAAGAUUCAGGAGAUAAGAUGGGCAAGAGAUGAUGUGAUGCAACGGACAGUUGUACGGCUAGGGGAGUUGCACACAUGUAUGUCAUAUAUGGGAGUAAUUGGAAAGCGCUUCGGUGAUGCAGGUCUCCAAGAUAUAUUAAUUGAAUCUGGAGUGGUGGCUGCAGGUUCAAUCAAUGGUGUUUUGAGUGGGCAUCAGUACAACAGAAGUGUACAUUCUCACAAGCUCAUGUUUGAGGCAUUGCAGAGAUUGAGAUUCACAGCCUUCUGGGACACCCUUACUGAUGAAGACGUAGAGAAAUACUCCCGUGUAUUCGACAAGAGUACUAAUAUCCAGGAACUACUAGUGCAGUCUGAAGAGUUUGCAGAUCUUCUGUCAUGCUAUGACGACUUCAUCAAGAGAAGCAACCAAGAAAGUCCAACUUUUGCUCUAUGGAGCUCCUACAUUGAUAUGGUGCAGUUACUGCUUGUAUUCAUCAGAGCAACCCGGGAAUCAGAUUGGCAUCUGCAUGUUGCGGUCAUUCGAUGUAUGAUACCAUGGUUCUUUGCCUAUGAUAGGACAAACUAUUCCAGAUAUCUUCCUGCCUACUGGAUGGAAAUGGUCAGUUUGCCAUCAACACACCCGAGGUGUUAUGAGGAGUUAAGUGCACGGGGUGAAUGGACGGUGCAGCGCCAAGGCCGAUAUCCCUUUGCAUCUAUUGCAUGCGACCAAGCUAUCGAACAAACAUGUAAUAGAGACAGUAAAACAAGGGGAGGCAUCACUAGCUUCACAUUGAACCGUGGAGCAGUCCAACGAUGGAUUCUGUCACAACCUGAGAGAUCAGCUAUAACAAGACAAUGUGAAGUUAUGUCAGGCAUUGAGGUCCAGGAGCGUAAGCCAAAAGAAUUGGACAGCUCAAGAAUCAAGAGAGAUGACAAAGCUGUUGGAUCUAUCCUGUCAACAGUCGCCAGCAUGAUCAAUCCAUUUGAUUGCUGUACAAGGGAAUUGGUCUGUUUAAGUUCUGGUGCUGUUGCAAGUGAUAUCGUGAAAGCUGACUUGAUGAACGCACUGCAAGGUGGUGAAGCGGAUGCAGUUGAGUACAUGAAAGACCGGUUGAUUGCGAACAAGGUGGAUAUGUUUUCAGCGAUAAAGCAGAAGAAGCUGAAAACGUUCUCAGAUAAUUCCCAAAGUGUAAAGAAAACCGGCAAAGAUGUCAUCAAGCAGAACAGAGCAUUCUUUGCUCGGCUUCUAAUUGUGGGACAAAAACGCAAGAUUGACCUACGGGAAGUUCUGUCAUAUUCCCUUGGCAGUGUUUCAUUCCCUCUUGCUAGUGUCAACGGUUCUCUGGCGAAGACUGACAAAUCUGCUCUCCUUCAUGCAAUUGAGGACAAAGCUGUUAACGCUCUUGUUACUGAAGUAACGUCAAAUGCAGCUAUACUAAUUGAUGGCAUGGCUCACAUCCAAUCCAUGCGGGACAUCCCAGAGUCGUUUGGAGAACUAGCUGAAGCUGUCUUAAGUCAAGUAUGUAGCGUUGCAACAAAGAACAAUUGUUCCCGGGUCGACUUUGUCACAGAUAGAUACCCUUCCAUAAGCAUCAAGAACGCAGAGAGAGCUAGAAGGGCAGAGGCUGGAACACAGAUGGUCAAGAUUUACAGCAAGGACCAAAAAACUCCAAAGCAGUUCAAGAAGUUCCUUUCAAAUGGUCUAAACAAAGAAGCAUUGAUUGACUUCAUGUUCAAAGCCUGGAAGGAGACCGAGUUCAACCCAAGAAACCUGACAGUUUUCACCACAAAUGGUGAAUAUUGUGAUCGCUUGCAGUGGAAGGAGGGUGUACUUGAAGCUUCACCGUGCUCUGAGUUAGUCUGUGAUCAUGAAGAAGCAGAUACUAGGCUUUUGCUUCAUGCAAGACAUGCUGCAGAAUCAAACUCAGCAGUAAUCAUCAGAAGUCCAGACACUGAUGUUGCAGUUAUAACUCUCUCUCUUCUUGACAGCUUGCCCAGUCGUAUAUAUUUUAUGACGGGUAAAGGAAAUAAGAGCCGCAUUAUAGACCUUCAACAAGCCACUUCCAGUCUAAGCAUGCCUUGCAGAUGCCUCAUUGGGCUACACAUUUUCACAGGUUGUGAUUCCACAAGUGCGUUCUACGGAAAAGGAAAACAGAAGGCGCUGAAGAUAAUACAAGAGCACCCGGAAUUUCAAGAGACAUUCUCUGAUCUGGGGAAAGAAUUCAACCUAGAAGAAAAAGCACUGGCAUCGCUGGAGAAAUUUGUCUGUAUACUCUAUGGCCAAACGACAGAGAGUGUCGAUGAUGCCCGGUACAAGGCCUUUUGUUCCACUCCAUCCUCCGAGCAGAGUCUGCCUCCAACAAAAGAUGCACUCACCCAGCACGCUAAACGUUGCAAUUACCAGGCUGCAAUACACCAGCGAUCACUACAGCAGAAGAUUGACGCACCAUCUCCAGAUGGACAUGGCUGGAAACUUGAAGAUGGAGAACUAACCAUCACUUGGAUGAUGAAGCCAUCUGCACCAGAUGUUCUCCUUCAGUGUGUCAGCUGUAGUUGUAAAGUUGGCAAAUGUCUUAAAGGGCGAUGCUCGUGUCUGUCUGCAGAGCUACCAUGCACAGAUCUGUGCAAAUGCACGAAUUGCAGCAACUUCAUAGAAGAAAUUGAUGUUGCAGACGCAGGCGAGGAUGACUUGUAUGAUGAAAUUUGAUGGACAGUAAUGAGAAAAAAAUACUUUGGACUUUCAUGGAAGCACUAAACAUCCAGAUUUCACAAUUAUCCUUCUGUUCAAAUUUUAUUCCUCGCCAUUUUAGGCCUUUGCGUCAUGCCAGUUGUUUUCAUGCAAUAUUGCAAUACACAUAGAGUUGAGUUGAGUUGUCUUUUUCCUUGUAUUGAUGCACAAGAGAAGUCCCCAAAGCUGCGAAAAUUAUUUCAGUGAUAACCAUUGUAUGAAAUUGUAUAUAGCCUGAAAUGGCUUUUUUCCCCACCCUACCCGCAAUCAAUGGCUGGGUCAAGUACAUGUGUACCAUGGUUGCUUUCUGAAAUUAUGCCAAACUCUGACUUCUAACAGCCAAACAGGACUUUGAUUUAUAAUUUUUUUAGGCUGUUUCAUUAGCGUUUUAACAUAUACACAAUGUCUACUACCGUGUAGCGGGUUCUUAAAGAUGGCACCUGAAUCACUAUCGGAUCAAGAGUAGAUAACUUUUUUUCCCUUUUUUUUUUUAAGAGGGACCUCUUGUCCGAUUUUAUGUUUCUUCUACUGUAAGUUAGUUAUUUAAUUAGUUAGCAGCAGAAAUGUUCCCCACUUAAGGUGACACCCCCGCCCCAAAAUACUGGAUCUAUCACUGCUGAUUGGAAAACAACAUUUAUAUGUAGCAAAUUUAAUAAACAUUUCCAUAGCAUUUAUUUCCACGGUACUGACCCAUAAUUUAGAUUAUAAUAAAUUAUUUUGGGGAAAGAAACGACAGCGGUGAUUGCUACCAGAUUAGAAAUAACAGUCUCAAAAAUAAUUUGCAAGAUAAGGUUGCAAAGAUAUGUAUUUCCAUUGGUGUUUGAUAAAAUACAAAAUGUACAAAGGGUCACCUGCUGUUAACAAAUGUUGUAAUAUGGUACAUGUAUACAUGCAUAACACUUAUUCCUUGACUCUAACUCCCUAGAGUGUAUGGAAAAGGAUUCAGGACUGUUGGGGGGAGUUAAGAUAUAGGAUUUGACAUGCCAAAAUGCUGUAUUUUUUAAUUUGGAGUUAUUUUUAAAAUUGGAAGUGCCAAAACAAGGCUUCAGACUGCAAAAUGUGCAUAUUUAGCAUACAUGACAUUGGCAAACUUUGAUGAAGUGUAACCAAAAAACUGCAGGAUUUUUUUUGGAGAACUUUUUACAUAGUGUUUGUAAUGUGCUGAACCAUACAUAAAACCAUUAAAAAA